AUGGCCUACAAAUACCGUGCACUGGAUCCAAGCAAGAGGGAAAUCCGCGUUCUUUCCUUCCCUCCUGCGGAGCUCGAGGAUCCCGAAGCUCGAUGUGACAUCGUCCAUCUAAGCCUUGACGAUCGACCCCGAUAUCAUGCGUUGUCAUAUGUUUGGGGGGAGCUAGAACCGACACGUAGUCUCUUCGUGGACGGUUGUCGAGUGGAUGUGAGGCCGAACCUCUUCACUGCUCUUCACCAUUUACGAGAUGCAAUCCCAGGAGAGUACUUAUGGGUCGACGCUCUAUGUAUUAACCAGAUGGACAAAGAUGAACGCAGCUCCCAGAUCAAGAUCAUGGGCGAUAUCUAUAGGGGCGCCGAGAAGACUCUUGUCUGGCUAGGCGAAGAAGGAGAUGGCAGCCAUUUAGCGAUGGACCUCUUAUCAUCUGUGACUAGCGCCGGGCUUCAAGACCUUUUUGAGAACCCAUCCAGAAACGCGUCUCUGGAACAGUCCUGGGUCGCCCUGCAGAUCCUCUUCCGCCGCCCUUACUGGAGCCGCGUAUGGGUACUCCAAGAGAUACUUUUGUCCCAUCCCACCAAAAUCUUUUGCGGCAACUGCACCUGCGAGUGGGAAAAUGUGCAGAUGCUCCUCGACCCCGACAAUUUCAAAAAGUUCAAUUUAUGUUCGCAUUCCGCACGUAAGGCGCUGCUGAGCCGCACCACGCUUCCCAAGCUCCUUGUCGAAAUAAUCCACCGGCGGCAACGGGGCGAGCAGUCUAGGCUCUUGAAUUAUCUAAUUCUUAGCCGUCAGCGCUCUGCAACCGAGCCUCACGAUCACGUCUACGGUGUGCUGGGGUUGGUUGAUCAGGAAAUACUGACGGCGGACUACAACGAGGCUGUAGAAGCCGUGUAUAAGAACGUUGUCAAGCGGCUGAUCAAUCUGGACGGGAAUCUGGAUGUGCUUAGUGCGUGCUGCGAGACCAGUCCGACUGCAGAACAGGAGCAUGCACCUCACGGGCCAUCGGAUUUGGUCACUUCAUCCAGGCCUGGCCAAGAAUCAGGGAAUUAUGCUCACGCCGCUCGUCCGUCAUGGGUUCCACAGUGGUGCGUACGGUUUGAGGAAGAUUACCAAGCCUUCCCGCUCUGCAGUGGGCCCUGCAAAGCCAGCGGCGACGAAAAGCCACAGAUCCAAUACCUACAGAGUGACCAGGUGAUGCAAGUCCGCGGCAUCGCUAUCGAUUCGAUAGCAUUCGUAUCACCUGACCUUCAAACAACCCGCUGGCCGCAAGUCAGCGAAGACUGGUCCGCCUGGUCCGGCUACAUCCAUCCCACCAACCCGUACGGCGAUGUCGAAGAGCAGCGCGAGGCGUUCCUUAGCACGCUCCAUCUAGGCCUUUACGACAAGAACAACCCCCGCAAAGGCGACGGCUCGGAGCUCUUCUUUGACAAGGCCGUGCGCCGGACUGGCAACGGCGUUACCGAAGAGGAUACUGGAGGAAGGACUUUCGGAACCGCGGGGCGCAGGUUCUUCGGCACGCGGACGGGAUACAUGGGCCGUGGGCUUCAUGACGUGCGGGUCGGAGAUCUAGUGGUUGUGCUGCUUGGGGGCAAGGCACCGUUUGUACUCCGUGAGGGCGGGAUGAAGAAUGAGUUGUUGCUUGUGGGAGAAUGCUACGUACAUGGAAUUAUGAACGGCGAGGCUAUGCAGGGUGUAAGAGAUGGGGCGAGAGUGCUACAAGACUUUUGCUUGGUUUAA